UAUAUAUAUAUAUAUAUAUAAAACUAAACAGCAUUGCACAAUAAAUAAUGGCAAGCGAAUCUUGGAAUGUCUUGGUGACGGGAGGUGCCGGUUAUGUUGGUUCUCAUACAGUAUUGGAAUUAUUGCAAGCAAGUCUUCAGGUGGUGGUAAUAGACAAUCUUAGCAAUGCAUAUGAAGCUUCUAAUUCUCAGAAACCAGAGUGCCUCCUUAGAGUGGAAAAAUUGACAAGUAAAAAUGUUCCAUUUAUCAAUUGUGAUAUCACAAAUAUCAAUGAUCUGAGAAAUGUAUUUCAAAAUUAUACUUUUCAUUGUGUUAUGCAUUUUGCUGCAUUGAAGGCAGUGGGUGAGUCGUGUCAGAAACCACUCGAAUAUUACAAGGUCAAUGUUAGUGGAACUAUAAAUCUAUUACAAGUUAUGCGAGAGAACAAUGUAAAGCAUUUUAUUUAUUCGAGCAGUGCUACAGUUUAUGGUGUACCUGAACAACUUCCUUUAGCAGAGAACAUGAAAACUGGCAACUGUACAAACCCUUAUGGAAAAACCAAAUUUAUGGUUGAAGAAAUAUUAAAGGAUUUGUGCACAUCAGAUAAAGAAUUUUCUGUUAUAUCUCUGAGAUAUUUUAAUCCUGUUGGCGCCCAUCCCUCAGGUGAAAUUGGAGAAAAUCCAAAUGGAAUUCCAAAUAAUUUAAUGCCCUAUAUCGCACAAGUGUCUGUUGGAAAAAGAGAUAUAUUGUAUGUUUAUGGCAAUGAUUAUGAUACUCCUGAUGGUACAGGUGUACGUGAUUAUAUUCAUAUUAUGGAUCUGGCGAUAGGACAUGUAAAAGCUAUGAUGUAUCAAAAAACUCAAAAUCCAAUGGGAUUUAUGCCAAUAAAUCUUGGCACUGGAAAGGGUUAUUCUGUGCUUGAAGUUAUACGUGCGUUUGAGAAGGCAUCUGGAAAGAAAAUACCGUACAAAAUAGUUGAACGUAGACUAGGCGACAUAUCCGCCAGCUAUGCAGAUGCUAGUGUCGCUAAUAAGAAACUAGAUUGGGUUGCUACAAGAAAUAUGGAUGAUAUGUGUGCAGAUACAUGGAAAUGGCAACAAAAUAAUCCAAAUGGUUAUAAACAUUAAUAAAUACAUUAUUUAUGCCUAAAUAAUUAUAAGAAGUUUGAAGAUAUUGCAUUUUAUCUUUUGCAUAUCAUUGAAACCAAGGUGGUAUACAGUUACCAAAGUUUAGACCAAAGUAUGAGAAAAGUAAUUAUAUAUUUUUUGUUAUAUUAGGUGAAUUUAAUAUGUGAUAAAUAUAAUAUGCAUUCAUAUUUAAAGAGAAAUGUUUAAUAUUGAAGAAGUUUUAUUCAGCAUUUGGUGCAAUAUAUAAAUGAAUGUAUU